AUGGCCACGAAACACUCCUGGAAAACGACCUUUGACGUCGAACAUGUCAUUCGGCCGAUAUUUACGGGUGGUUCAAUUGCACUCGACAACAAAGCACAUGUUCUGGCCACAACCCUGGGCGAAGAUGCAGUGCUCACCAACCCCACCAACGGCAAGCUCCUGGCUCAGAUCGAGGGUGAUGGGGAGAUGAUAUCUACGCUGACAUUAACCCCGUCUGCCUCUCAUCUCAUAGUUUGCUCUCGGUCGCUGUCCAUGAAGAUAUUUGCCUUGAAGCGAUCCUUGGACGGCGAUGCAAUUGAAACUUCCCUCGUCCGUACGCUGAAACCGCACAGUACUCCUGUAGUCGUCUUGGCCGUCGAUCGCACAAGUACACUGCUUGCGACUGGUGGAACGGAUGGGACGAUCAAAGUCUGGGACAUUGCCGGCGGCUACGUGACGCAUACUUUCCGAGGACCUUCUGUGUUGGUUUCGGCCUUUCACUUUUUCGAAGUCGCUGCUCGGUCAAAGGACAGCAGCCGCUCGCGCGGAACGAAGAAGGAGGCCAAGGGAAACGACGACCAUUCUGAGGUCGAGGCUGGCGGCCCUAGCGCAACCAGCUUUCGACUUGCGUCAGGAAGCCAGGACGGAAAGGUGCGGAUCUGGGACCUGCAGAAGCGCGGCUGUGCCGCCAACCUGGACUCGCACGUCUCUGAUGUCCAAAAGAUCGAUUACUCCCCCGAGCAGCACGCGCUAGUUAGCGCCAGCAGGGAUAAGACCAUUAUCUGGUGGGAUACCAAGUCGUGGAAAAUCAGGAAAAUCGUCCCUUGCCUCGAGCUCGUGGAAACGGCCGGUUUUUUGGACAAUGGCCGCCUAACCUUCUCGGCUGGGGCGAAUGGCUGUUUGCGUAUCUGGGACACAGACAGUGGCAAGGAACUCACCCCCGCUCAGUCUGGGAAGAGCGAGGAAGAAGGCAUCGUGUCGGGCAUUCACCGCCCUGGAUUGCCGUUCAUCCUUUGCGUACAGGUGGACCACACGCUGGCGUUUUACCGCACUCCCUCCAAGGACUCGGCGCAACCUUGGACGGCCCCAGAACCUUUCCGUCGAAUCUCUGGCACUCAUGACGAAAUCAUUGAUCUUGGCUAUUUGCUUCCAGACAAAUCCCUCAUGGCGCUGGCUACCAACUCAGAGGAUGUUCGAAUCAUAUCCGUGGCUGAGCCCGAGCAAGUCCAAGAGACGGCGAAUUCGCCCGAGACAGGCUCGACUCCGUAUUUCGGCCAAGAUGUAGCAUUGCUUCGGGGACACGAGGAUAUCGUGAUUGCCCUGGAUGUUGACUGGUCAGGUCAUUGGAUUGCCACCGGUGCCAAGGACAACACUGCCCGAGUGUGGCGAGUCGAUGCGGCCAACAAUUCAUACACCUGCUGGGCAACCUUUUCUGGCCACGCCGAAUCUCUGGGGGCCGUCGCACUUCCCAAGACCGUCCCGGCAGACGGGUCUGCUGCACGAACCGACCCUCUCCACCAUCCCCCAGAGUUCCUCAUCACCGGUUCGCAGGAUCAAACCAUCAAGAAGUGGGAGAUUCCUCGACAACCUCAGCAUCAAGGCCUCAAGCCAAGGGCUCAUUUCACGCGGAAAGCUCACGACAAGGAUAUCAACGCCAUCAACGUGCAUCAUUCCGGCAGUUUGUUUGCGUCAGCCUCGCAGGACAAGACGGUCAAGAUUUGGUCAGUCAAAGAGGGCGAAGUCCAGGGUAUUCUUCGCGGCCACAAGAGAGGCGUCUGGUCUGUCCAGUUCUCCCCAGCCAACAUGGCUGCCGUUCAGCGAGAUGACGGUCCCGUCACAGGCAAGGGAGUGGUUCUCACAGGAAGCGGCGACAAGAGCGCGAAACUCUGGAACCUGUCAGACUACACCUGCAUCCGGACGUUUGAGGGCCAUUCAAAUAGCGUCCUGAAGGUGGCUUGGCUGAAAAUGCCGUGUCAGCAGGAGCAGCAAAGACAGCCCGUUCAGUUCGUGACGGCGGCCGGAGAUGGACUUGUCAAAGUCUGGGAUGCCAAUUCCGGCGAGACUGCGUGCACUCUGGACAACCACGAGGACAGGGUCUGGGCUGUGGCCGUUCAUCCCGAGACCAACGCCAUCACGUCCGGCAGCGGUGAUUCCACCGUGACGUUCUGGAAGGAUACAAGCGCCCAGACACGGGAGGCCGCGGCCCAAGCUACCAUGAAGAUGAUUGAGCAACAGCAGGAGCUGGAGAACCACGUUCACGCCGGCUCUUACAGAGAAGCCAUCACGCUUGCCCUCCAACUCAACCACCCCGGCCGGUUACUGAGCCUCUUCACAUCCGUCGUCACGAGCAACAGCCCCGACGAAGAUAGCCUGUGUGGUUUGAAAGCCGUCGACGACGUGCUGGGCAGCCUGUCUGAUGGGCAGAUAUUCCUGCUGCUGCUCAGGCUGCGCGACUGGAACACGAAUGCUCGAACGGCGCCAGUCGCGCAGCGCAUCCUGUGGACCUUGGUCAAGAGCUACCCGGCCUCCAGGUUCUCGAACCUGUCCGUCAGGGGAGGCCGAGGACAAAAGAGCCUGAGCGACGUCCUGCGGGGGCUGCGGGUGUACACGGAGCGCCACUACAAACGCAUGGAGGAGCUUGUGGACGAAAGCUACUUGGUCGAGUACACCCUGCGGGAGAUGGACAGUUUAGCCCCAGUCGAGCAGGGCGACGUUGGGAUGAGGGAGCUGGACGAUGGACAGGCGGACACCGUAAUGGCUGGAUGA